GGCGAAAAGUGUAAGCGAUGCGGAGUCUACGAGCAAGGCAGCCUUGUUUCAGACAAAGAGUUCGAUGAAUGGGAACUUUGUCCCUCUGAUUUCUCUGCCAGCCAAAUCUAUAUGCAUUUUAAAGAAAAGGAGAUUAAUGCUACUUUUGUCUGCCACGGUUGCGCCCAGGUCGACUCCGUAUCUUCUAAAGCAACGACGGGUUCUAGUCCCCAAGAGGAAGGAAACAACGGGAUAACAGUCACGAUAGCGAUUGUAGCAGGGGUAUUGUGUGCAACUCUGGUUGUGGUUGGAGGCGUUUUUACGUUCAAGCAUGCUCAAAGGAUGAAGAAGCAGCGAGAUCAAGCUCGGUUUAUGCAACUAUUUGAGGAAAGUGAUGAACCUGAAGAUGAACUUGGACUUGAACCUGUGAUAUGA